UCUCUCUCUCUCUCUCUCUCUCUCUCUCCAAUAUAAUUAUAUUACAACAAUGUCCUUCCCACACAUAUCCUCAAGUGAGAGUGCCUGUUUGGAAGCUGACGAAGAAGAUGAAGAAUCCACUCUUCUCUCUCUUUGUCCUCCAGGACAACACCGCCACCUCUCAAAACCCUCCUCCAAUAACUAUCUUUCUUACUCCUCCAUCCAGCAGCCUCAGAGUUUUCAAAAUACUACUACUGCUACUCACCAAGAUGAUGUUGAUGAUGAUGAUGAUGAUGAUGUCACAAUUGCUCUUCAUAUUGGUCCAUCUAGUAGCUCUAGCAACCCUAAUAGUAGUAGUCGUAACAUGGUUGUUCUUGCAGAGGGCCAAUACUGGAUUCCUACCCCUGCUCAAAUUCUUGUUGGCCCCACACAGUUCUCUUGCUCUGUCUGCAACAAAACAUUCAAUAGAUAUAACAACAUGCAGAUGCAUAUGUGGGGCCACGGAUCGCAAUACAGAAAGGGUCCAGAAUCUCUAAGAGGAACAAAACCAGCCUCAUCAAUGCUGAGACUACCCUGUUAUUGCUGUGCAGAGGGUUGCAGGAACAACAUAGAUCACCCAAGAUCAAAGCCAUUGAAGGAUUUCAGGACACUCCAGACACAUUACAAGCGAAAGCACGGCACGAAGCCAUUCGGGUGUCGCAAAUGCGGGAAGCCCUUUGCGGUGAGAGGGGAUUGGAGGACUCAUGAGAAGAAUUGUGGGAAGCUGUGGUUUUGUAUAUGUGGAUCAGAUUUCAAGCACAAGAGGUCAUUGAAAGACCAUGUUAGGGCAUUUGGAGAUGGCCAUGCACCUCACAGUGAGGACUUCUUGUUGUGUGAGGUUUGUGAUGAAGAAGAAAAUGAUCAAGAUGAUGAUGAAGAAGAACAUGGAAAUGUAGGCCUUGGUUCUGUACUGUUUUGAUGCAUGUGAAGGUGUCGUUUUGUUGGUACCUAAGACUGGUCACUGUCUAUUUGUGUCUGUGAUGUUUUGAGAGAGAGAGAGAGAGAGAGAGAUGGGGAGAGCGACAAGACAAACAGUAUAAUGAAAGCCAUGGUUCUGUUGUGCAUUAAUGUUGGAAGUGCCAUAUUUUUUUUUUUUUGAAC